AUGUUGAAGUUCACGGGGAGCGAGUGCUUCCGCCAGCGGCUGGUUUGCUCCACGCUGACGGGGCGCCCUAUUCGCAUCGACCAGAUCCGUUCGAAGGACGAAGACCCCGGGCUGAGGGACUUUGAGGCGUGCCUGCUGCGGCUGACGGAAAAGAUAUCGGACGGCUGCGUUGUGCAGAUCAACCAGACAGGUACGUGCUUGCGUUAUCGACCUGGGUUCGUGCUGGGGGGCUCAAAUUUGGUUCAUAAUUGUGGGACAUCAAGAAGCAUUGGCUACUUUCUGGAGCCCCUUGUUCUCCUGGCUAUCUUUGGAAAGAAGCCAUUGUCCAUCACACUCCAGGGCAUAACGAAUGACGACACUGAUCAAGGGAUAGACACAUGGCGGACUGUGACCCUACCGCUGAUAAGGAAGCUGUGUGGAAUAGAGGAUGGCCUUGAGCUGCAAAUUGUGAAAAGAGGUGCCAGGCCAGGAGGAGGGGGAGAGGUGCGCCUGAGGGUUCCUGUUGUUCGUGAGGUGCCAAGCAUAAAGUGGACAGAUGAAGGCAUGGUUAAGAGGAUACGCGGGGUGGCAUAUUCGACAAAGGUGUCGCCACAGAACACCAACAGGAUGGUCGAUGGCGCGCGCGGCAUUCUGAACCGCCUCCUGGCAGACGUGUACAUCUUCACCGACGCCGUCAGCGGCAAACAAUCCGGCAACAGCCCUGGCUAUGGGAUCAACCUUGUGGCAGAGACGACGUCUGGUUGUUACGUAUCAUCAGAGGCGUGCGCCUCAUACCGACAGGGUCAGGGCAAAGGCCCAUCGGCCCUUCAGGGGCAAGUUGCUGAAGAAGUACUGGUGGUUCCGGAAGACAUUGGCAAGCACGCCGCCGCUGCCUUGCUUGAGGAAGUGCACCGUGGCGGGGUGGUGGACGGGUGCCACCAGGCCCUGCUCAUACUGCUGUGCGCAUUGGGCCCAGAGCUCAUAAACGAGGUCAGGCUGGGGCCUCUCACGCCAUAUGCAGUGCAGAUGUUGCGUCAUGUGAAGGAUUUCUUUGGAAUCACGUUCAGCAUUCGGCCCGAGAAUGACCAUGGGACGAUUUUUAUGUCGUGUGUAGGGGUGGGGGUCAAGAAUUUGGGACGGAGAGCAACUUAG